CAGAACUUAUCAACGCUUUGUCAUACGCUCUUUCACUAUGCUGAAAGCCAAAAUCAAUAAUGUUAUUGAUGUUGUGGAGGUGAUGAGUAAGAAGCUAGAUGGUAUAAAAUGUACUGAUAAUAUUCCGGAUGCGAAUCAAGAAGCUGAUAACCCCGAACUUGAAGUCAUGAAUCUUUUCCCAAUUUGCCAUGUAAAAAUGUUGCAAAGAGUAGAAAAAGAAUUAACGAACAAUGCGAUGAAACAAAAAUUGAUGACAGCAUUACUAAAAAUCGGUGGAAGUGAUUACAAAAACACUACCACUAGAUUGAUGGAACGGCUUUUCAGCAAUUAUGUAGCUGAGAAAUUUAGCUGGGUCGGGUCAAAAGGAAAAAGAAUUUUUUCAACACUUCAUUUGUGUCGUGUUAUUCUAGAUGUUGUCGGGAAAGCAUCGACCACAAAUUUGGUCACAGAAGAUAUGAUUGCGAAAGUCAUUAAAGAUUGGUUACGGCACGCGAAGGAACGAUUGUCACGAGAGAAACCGCCCCUAUCUUUGCACACAGAUGCAGAAGAAAACUCCGCCAGAGAACCAGAUGCCGAAGUAGAACUUAACGUUCCUGGAGUAGCUGAAGGGACUGAUUAUUCCAACUAAAAUACACGCACAUACCAAAUGACUGCCUAAAUUGGCAUUACAUGAUGAAAAUAUCUGAUGCUUCUGCGACUGUGAUUAUAAAAUUAAGUGGCACAUUUCUAUCCGUCUGCUGGUUGGAUGGAAAUAAAGCUAAUGCCUUUUAAGUAUUAUUAUCCUUUAAGUUCGACAGCGCUUUAAACAGCGGUUCAAAUACUAUAUUAUUUAUUGCAAUACAUUGCAAGCAAAGCAAGUUUUAUGUUUCAAAUAAUACUAUGAGAUAAUGACUGACUCUACGUACUACAUGAUGUAGCCAAACUAAUCGUAAGUAUAUUAUUGAAGUUCCUUAUGGACGAUUCCGUACUAUUUCCCAUAUUUCUGUGUUGAUUAAACAAGAUAGUAUGUUUUUAUUUUGGUAAUGUGUUAGUAUUUUUUUGGUAUAGUUAUUAGGUAUUGGCUGCGUUCUCAUUAUGUUACUAGUAUUCAAUUUUGUUUCACUAUUUAUCGUUGAAAGUAGGUUGGAAAUGCUCUGUGCACUACAUUCCACCGUGCUUUGAUUAUUAGAUUAAUAAUCGUUCUACAAUGAUAUUGUUAACCGUAUCAUUCGUAGCUUUUUAUUUAUUAUCGUACGUUUUUAUAUAUUCCGAUGUCCUAUGUAGUAUUUCUAUUGUUUCAUUCCACUUAAAUCCUAUCGGGUGUAGCAAUAUUGCAUUGUAAAAGUCGAUGUAAAAAGUCAGAUUUGAUGUGAAG